AUGCCCAACAACGGCUCCAAGGAAUUUGUAGCUUUCACGGGAAUGAAGAAACAAGAAAGCCGUUUGAUAGCCCGUCUAACAAAUAACGAUGGUGCCCAGGAGGCAAUGCUCCGGAAAAAUCGGCGGGCAACUGUUAGAAGAGAAGGAAGGAGACAUAACCAAGCGAGGCUGGAUAGUAACUGUCACCACUUGGCAUUGAAGACUAUCUUAGAAGUCAGCUCGCCACUUGGCCGCAGCGUCAUUCCGGCUUUACCUGUUGACCCUUACCACAAAGAGGCCAUCCGCCACUUGGCCGCAAUGGCAUUUGACAUGUAA